UUCCUUCAGCCAGCACUGGAUUGAUGGUGGCUCUUGGGUGUUUCUGUUUUGCAGAUGUUGUAGAGUUUUCCAAUGGAAAGGCUGGUAUUGCUGUUGAGCUUUUGUUUGCUGCUGUCCAAUACACAACAAGCACCAUCAUUCCUUAUUACUGCCCCAAAUGUGGUGCAUUUGGGCACACAUGAGACAAURACAGUCCAAGUCCACGGGGCACAGAGCCCUGUGCAAGUCACUGCAUACUUCAAAGAUGAGACAAGAAACCAGCUCCUAUCAGAGAGGAUCUUCUUUAACCUUAACCAAAAUAAUGGCUACCAAGAGAUGAAAAAAAUAAUGGUCGAGCCAGGGUCUCUGCAACAGAACCUGUUCAAGAAGGACAAUCUGCCGUAUGUUCUGCUGGUCACUGAGAGCAAGGAACUUCAGAUGACAGUCAAGAGCACCCGCAUCCUCCUGUCCUCCAAGAAAGGCUACAUCUUUAUUCAGACAGAUAAGCCCAUAUACACACCAAGUUCCCAAGUAAAAUACAGGAUCUUCAUUCUGGACAAUGCWAUGAGGCCAACGGAUGACACGGUUACAGUUGCUGUGCUUAAUUCCAAAGGAAUGGUGGUUAAAAAGUCAGACCGGAAAAUAAACACAGUGUUUGGUGAACACUUUGACAUACCUGACAUUGCUGAGCCUGGAACUUGGAAAAUCAAAGCCUGGUUUCAUCAACAUGAAAUGUCUAAUGUUUCCACUGAAUUUGAAGUUAAAAGAUACGAGCUUCCAAGUUUUGAAGUCAAACUCAUCCCACUUCAUCCCUACUACCACAUCUGGAAUGAAACCUUUGUGUUUGAUAUCGAGGCGAAACACUCUUAUGGGAAAGAGAUUCAAGGUGCCGCAUAUGUGCGAUUUGGCAUAAUUGAUGAAAAUGAGAGCAAAAUAUUUAUUCCAGGCCUGGAGCAACAGCUAUCAAUCCAAAAUGGAAGAGGAAGAGUUUCUUUAAGUACAACACUUUUGGAAGAGAAAUUGAGAAAGAAUAUUUCCAGUCUAGAAGGGUUUCAUUUGUAUGUUGCUGUUACCACUGUAGAAACAGCAAGUGGUGAGAUGAGGGAAGAGGAACUCAGCAGUGUGAAGUUUGUGAGAUCUCCUUAUGCUGUUGAUCUGUCUAACACCAAAAAGUAUUUUGUGCCUGGAGCCCCCUUCUCUGUCAAGGCAUCUGCCACGUGGGUUGAUGGCACUCCUGCUGCCUUCCUGUUUGUCUCUGCCACUGUUACCUUGCCUGGAAAACCCCCAAUGAGGAAGACUGCCUUCUGUGACACAGAGGGCCUGGUCUCAAUCACAUUUGAUAUCCCCAGAGAUGCUCAAGUGCUUGAAAUAAAGGUAAAGGCUGAAGAGGGCAAAGAAAAGUUAGAAUCACCUGAAGCCAGUAUCAGAGCUGAAAGAUACCAGUCUGCUUCCCCAAACUACCUCAGCAUCAGCAUCCCACACACCAUYGUGGCACCUGGAGACACCUUACCCAUCACCUUGAAUGACAUUCAUCAGUCUGGCCAUGGAAACUUUGGCUAUUUCUAUUACAUGGUUGUGGCAAAGGGACAAGCUGAGCUUUUGGGAAGGGUCCCAUCCUCAAACAAAGUAAUAAACCUAAAAAUCACCGAGAAGAUGAUGCCUGCCUUUCGCUUUAUAGCCUACUACUUCAUUGGAAAUGAGGGCCGCCAAGAGAUCGUCGCCGAUUCCGUGUGGGUGGAUGUCAGGGAUGUCUGYGAAGGAAAGAUUAAAGUGGAAACWGACCAAGAGAUUUAUGAACCAACAGACCACAUCAAUUUACAGAUUGAAAUGGACCAUGCGGGAAAAGUUGCCUUAGCUGUGGUUGAUAAAGCAGUUUUUAUUCUGAAUAAGAAAAAUAAGCUUACAGCCAAAAAAGUAUUUAAUGCCAUGAAUUCAUAUGAYCUUGGAUGUUCUGCGGGUGGUGGUGCAAACAGCAUUCAAGUUUUUACUGAUGUUGGUCUGGCUUUCAUAUCAGACACAAUUCAAUCCAGCAUUCGGGAAGGAUAUAAAUGCCUUCAGRGUACCAGAAGGCAGAAGAGGUCUUUGAAUUUUCAGAAAAAAAUGGCAGGAAUUGCCAGCAGAUACCAAAGCACUGAUCUUCAGAAAUGCUGCCAGGAUGGAAUGAAAUUAAAUCCCAUGAGGUUUUCUUGUGCGAAGAGGCUGGCAAAAGUGUCUGGCUCCCGCGAAUGCAGGAGGGCAUUCCAGGACUGUUGUGAGAAAGCCGCAGCCCUCAGGAAGCAGGCGAAGCAGAGCAACAGAGUGGGCUUGGCACGACAAUACAGUGAACAUGAAGAAUUGUUUGAUGAAACCUCUAUCAGCUURCGCAGUUAUUUUCCUGAGAGCUGGUGGUGGAGUUUUGAAGAAGUGGGAAGCCCUGGAAAGCACAGUGUAAAAAACUUUGCUCCUGACUCUAUCACCACCUGGGAAGUUCAGGCAAUAAGUAUAUCUCCUGAAAAAGGGUUCUGUGUAGCUGACCCUUACACCUUUGCAGUUUUCAAAGAUUUUUUUGUGUCCCUGAGAUUACCGUACUCAGUCAGACGACAUGAGCAACUGGAAAUAAAAGCAGUGAUUUACAACUACCUGCCUGACGAUCUCCAGGUGACAGUGAAGAUGGAUGCAGUGAAGGGGCUGUGCACCGCAGAGAMCACGGAGAGGGCUGUGCAGCUCUCACUGCUGGCCAAGGGCAACUCCGCAACACCUGCCUUCUUCUCCGUCGUCCCUCUGACUGUGGGAGAAAUUCCAAUCACCAUUACUGCUUUCAACCAGGAUUCUGGGCACAGUGAUAGCAUUAGGAAGAAUCUCAAAGUUGUGGCUGAAGGUGUUUUACAGAAAGAAGAAGAGGUCAUUUGUAUYAACAGUGGCUUAAAGUCCCUUACUGUGGACCUGAACAGACCAUCUAACAUGGUACCAGAUUCUGAUAGCCACGUGUUAGUCAGCCUGAAAGGGAAUGUUAUGGACGAGUCUGUUGAAAAUUGCCUGAGUCUCAGCGGAGUUGAGAAGCUGAUUCAGGUGCCCACAGGCUGUGCAGAGCAAACGAUGGUGAAAAUGGCCCCUGCAGUCUACGCCAUCGAGUACCUGGAUGCCAGCGAGCAGUGGGYCAACUUCAACCCCGAACGGAAGCAGGAAGCCAUCAGUAUGAUUGAGAAAGGUUAUACUAGACUGCUUGAGUUUCAGAAGGASGAUGGCUCCUAUGGAGCAUUUAAAACAACCCCCAGCAGUGUAUGGUUAACUGCAUUCAUUGUUAAAGUACUCACAAGGAGCAGAGAAUACUUCAGCAUCCAAGACAGUCACAUAAGCAGCUCGAUUUCCUACUUGGUUAAUCAACAGCAGSAAGAUGGCUCAUUCCAUGACCACCACCCCGUAAUGGACAGGUCCAUGCAGGGUGGCAUUAAGUCAGCAGAAGAGGAUUUGGCUAUGACAGCAUUUGUUACCAUAGCACUGCAACAGACCCUACAUGUGUACCCAUCACCUGCCGUGGCACGAGUGAUUACAGGAGCAGUGGCUUACAUGAAGAAUCAAUUUUCAAGAAAUUCUGACUGCUAUUCUACAGUCAUCACUGCUUAUGCUCUGACACUCGUGCAGUCAGAUCAGAAAGAAGCCCAGUUUGUAAAAGACAAAUUGAGAGACUGUUCUUCUUUUGAUCAAGCAAAGCAGCAGCGCUACUGGGGAAAYGGCAACAACGCAGUGUCGGUGGAAACCACUGCCUAUGCCCUGCUUCACACUUUGCUCCUGGAAGACACGGAAUAUGCAAGGCCCAUUGUGACGUGGCUGACACAAAAGAGGAGCUACGGCGGAGGGUACUGCUCUACACAGGACACAGUGGUGGCCUUGGAAGCUCUGUCAGCAUAUAGCAUAGAGACACUGAACUCUGCUUCCAUGAACCUGACUGUCAAUCUGGGAACACCUGGAAGGCAAAAGUCCUACAGCAUUGUUCUGACCGACACCCAUGAAGAAUUUCAGAAGCAAYUAGAGUUUGAACUUGGGAGAAAACUUGAAGUAUCCGUACACGGCAAAGGAAAUGGGACAAUGAAUAUAUUAAAAAUGUACUGGUCACCUGAGCUGAAGAACAACACCUGYAAUGAUUUGGUUUUGACAGUGGAAGUGGAAGGGAGACUUAAGUACUCYGAAGCUGAAUACUCUGGUGAAGAUGAUGAUUAUGAGGACUCAACUAGCACAGGAAACAGCAAGUUUGAGACACUGUCUCAAAUGGAUUGGUUUGAUAUCCGCAGCAGAAGAAAAAGGGAUGUGGCCACUCCCAGCAAAACUGAAUCCUUGCAAUACAAAGUCUGUGUCAGGUCCACAGGUUCCAAAGCACCAAAGAUGUCCCUGGUUGAUCUCACCCUGCUGAGUGGGUUGGAGCCUGACACAAAGGAACUCGAACAGCUGGUGAUGGCUUCAGACCAGUACAUUCAGCACUAUGAGUACAAGGAAGGGAGGGUUUUGCUCUACUUUGGUGAGCUCCCGAGUGGACCAGACCCAGAUUGUAUAUCAUUUGGGGCAAAGCAAAUCAAUCCCAUGGGCUUGGUUCAGCCAGCAAAUGCCAUCCUUUAUGAUUUUUACAACCCUGAAAGGAAGUGCAGUGUGUUCUACAGCGCUCCCAAGCACAGUGCCAUGCUGUCAAAGCUCUGCCACAUAUCACUUAUUUUCUUCCCUCCAGGUCCCUGCCCAAGACAAAAAUCGACUUUCAGYAAAGCCUUAACACCAACCACACGCACUAGUUUUGUCUGCUACCAGCCUACUGCAGAUUAUGUGUAUGCAGUGGAGAUCCUCAACAGCACAAAGAAGAAUGUUUUUGAUUACUAUGAGGCCAAAAUCAACAAAAUCCUUAAAGCAACUGCUGAUGAAAGCAUCCAAGUGGGCGAGCGCCGACAGUUCCUGACACGCUCCAUGUGCAAGUUAAACAUUGUCCCUGGCAAAGGCUACCUCCUCAUGGGGAGAGAUGGGGAAACAGUUGACUGCAACAACAAGAUGCAAUACUUACUCGAUGCACAAGCCUGGGUGGAGAAAAUUCCGGAGGCCAGUGAGUGCCGCAGCACCCUGCGCCGGCAGAGCUGUGCCCACCUGCAGGACUUUCUGAGCAUGUCUGACAGCCUGUGCCACGUCUGAACCAUGGCUCUGACCCCAUCUCUCUCUGGGACUGCAGCUUGCCUUCUGGUGGAAUUCUUCCUGCAAAGCCUGAGCUUCCAAGUGGCACCUGAAACUUUGCAGUGCUGCUCGCAUUGCUGUUUGGCUGACUGGAGUAUCCCUUCAUGGGUGGGUGCGUGGGUAAUACAACAAAAAAAGCAAYUACUCCCUGGUUAUUGUGUUUGUUGUGCCUGACACUGGGGCAGAGAGAACAGGAAUUYCUGUCUCCUCAAUCCAUUAUACAACAGUGCUACUACCCUGUAGAGUGUCAAUAGGAAAACAUAUUGUGCAUGCAGAUCUGAUUAAUCCCUGCACACCUGGACAAGAAAAAACUGUUUUAAAAUAAGGCCAAGACAUUUUCAURGGUCAAAAAGAAAACUGGGCAUUCAUGGGCUUACCUGUGUUACACUGUUGCUGAAAGAGAAGAGAUGCCAGCAYUCAUGCUUCAACACAUCACCUAGUUUCUGGUUAUAAUUGUGGGUCCCGCUGACCCCACAGCUGGAUUCCAUACACUUCUGAAGCUGGAACUGGAAGUGCUGCACUGGGUAUGUCCUGUGCUUGACCUGGGAGAUGUGCACAGGCUUCUCAGGUUGAUAGCUCACAGAGGGCACAAGAAAAUUUUUAGCUGCACUCUUUAGCCACGUGYCUUUCAAGUUUUUCUCUUUUUUAGAGUUUAACUCAAAACUGCUCUAUUCUUAGAAUAACAAAAAGUCCAUAGAAAAUGUUUUGAUUACAUUGAUAAGCAGAUGACUUUCCAUGGCAAGUUUUGCUGCUSUAGUUUGCCAGCAAUGUGCCAUUUGGCAGUCACGUCUGAAGCAGGGAAGAGCUGAACAUGUCACCAUCCUCUGAUGCUCACACCACUCUUAAUGGUAGUAGCUACCUGGGCACAAGCAUUUGCCACCUGGACUCCAGUGCUACACUGCACUGAAAAUAAGAAGGGCCUCUUUCAGUUAUAUGUUAAUUACUAGGUCCAUGCUGCAGUGGUUAAUUUGGAGGCAAAUGACCCUGCUGAUAGGAGGAGCAGCAGUGAUGCUCAUGUGGACAAGACAUUACACUGCAGCAGCACCUACCAGAACAGCUCCAUCAUGAGAAAUUUCAGGUUCACAGUCACUGCUGUGUGCCUCCACUGUGAACAGGCCAGCUAGUUUUGCAGGCUGAAAACUCAAAUUUAGUAUCAGCUGAACUUGGAUAUCAACAACAUCUUCCCCUGUUCCAUCUUCAGCUGCCAAGCAUUGCAUGGAUGGAAGGUAGGGAAGGCAUAUUUUAGGAAAACCUGCAUCACUGCUUCAUGACAUAUGCAAAGGAAGAUAAGAAAUCUGCUAAGGUGAAAGACAGACAAAUUAACAGAGGACCUCAAGGUUUGCCCUGGCUUUCACAUUUAAGAAAUGUGACUGUAAUGCCUGAUCAUACAUCCUCUUUAUUUUAUUACAGAGCUUAUAUAAAUGUCAGUGAUAUGGCAAAAAGAUACAGCUAAGGUCAGUAAAGCAAGUACUAAUUUCUAUUAAUAUAAGAUAAAGAAUAGGCUGUUCCACUGACAUACCAAUUAUCCAGUAAUUCUGCCAAUAUUUAUGAAAUAAUACCUCUAAGGUUAAGAGCCAAAUCCUUCCUUUCCACUUCACAGGGCUUAAGUACCAAUGUCURACCCUUCUGCUGUGUGGAGUACAUCAACAGCUCAGAGGCUCCUGCRUAGCAGACAAAUCACCAAAUAAUUUCAACACUCAAGACUCUGUAAAGUGUGGUGAAAGCAUCAUUAAAGUUUUAUAAUAGGUCUAACAUACAUUUUAYGUAUUUUCUUCCAUUUUACUCGGAGAUGAGUUCCACUAAGCCAGAACUGCUUAGUGUCUUAACUUAGCAAAUGCAGUCUCAGGGUGGGGGGAAUACCUGGGAACAAAUUCCUAAACUCAGCACAUUGAUACUCAACUAGUUGAGGAGAGUUAGAGGUCAAGAUAUCACCCCUCACCACUAGGAACAAAAAGCAUGCAUCUAAACUUGACAAAGUAACAUCCAAUACUUCUCCAUGAGAACUGUCUUACACAUCCUGAUGCCAGCUAAUAAUGAAGGCUCCAAUUAGAAAAGGGGGACAUGAAAUUGUGCCUUCUAGUGAACGGARCCCCUAGCUCCCCAAAACCACCACAUACCUGCUCUGAUUACCCC